UAUAGGUGUGAGAUUUCCAAGGGCGGAUCCACGGGUACACUCAGCAUGUCAAUCUUUGCCUUCGUUCCCGGCAUGCUUUUGCUCGUCUGCAAUACUUACAUGUACUGGAACCAUAAUGCACAGGUUCCGCACUCAAUGGCCACCAGAUGGACAAACAUAAAGGUCAGAAAUCAGUUGUUUCGAAUGGUCGUCUUGAGUAACAUGCUGUUUCUGGCCACCAACAUCCCCCUGGCAUUGUUCUACAGCGCUUUCUCGGUCAUCUUUGAUUUGACUUCAGCAGUCAACUUGGCAAGAGCGAAAUUAGGUUUGGGCAUUUCGGCCAUGCUGUUUUACAUAGGUCAAAGUAUGAAUGUUGUUUUGUACUGUGUCUAUGGCAGCAUAUUUCGCCGCGAGCUGAAGAGAAUAGUCAGACCGUACUGUCCCGACCUUUGUCAGGAGAUCGUGGCACAGGAGGAGAUAAGCAACGCCUCUGACAUGUCAUCAAAACAAAAAGAGGAUUUUAUUGCAGAAGUGGACAAAGAAAUAGAAAUGUCGGAGAUUGAUGCAGACGACGACCUUGACGAGACUUUUCGAGACUUCCAUUCGACCAAUGAGCCUCCGGAGUCCUUCCGCUCAAUAACUCGGUUCUCAGUGUCAAUGAUCGGAUCUACCUACGCCGAACCCAUAGGCUAACUAGCGAGUAAACCAAGGGAAACAUGGCCUAGAUCGAAGCACUGGAUGAAUUUAACCAGUAAACCAAGGGAAACAUGGCCUAGAUCGAAGCACUGGAUGAAUUUAACCAGUAAACCAAGGGAAACAUGGCCUAGAUCGAAGCACUGGAUGAAUUUAACCAGUAAACAAAGGAAAACAUGGCCUAGAUCGAAGCACUGGAUGAAUUUAACCAGUAAACAAAGGAAAACAUGGCCUGGAUCGAAGCACUGGAUGAAUUUAACCAGUAAACAAAGGAAAACAUGAACUAGAUCGAAGCACUGGAUGAAUUUAACCAGUAAACAAAGGGAAACAUGAACUGGAUCGAAGCACUGGAUGAAUUUAACCAGUAAACAAAGGAAAACAUGAACUAGUUCGAAGCACUGGAUGAAUUAAACCAGUAAACCAAGGAAAACAUGAACUAGAUCGAAGCACUGGAUGAAUUUAACCAGUAAACAAAGGAAAACAUGAACUGGAUCGAAGCACUGGAUGAAUUUAACCAGUAAACAAAGGAAAACAUGAACUAGUUCGAAGCACUGGAUGAAUUAAACCAGUAAACCAAGGAAAACAUGAACUAGAUCGAAGCACUGGAUGAAUUUAACCAG